AUGGGUCUUCCACCUGGUUCCCCCACCUCCAGACUCUUAGAUAUGGUGAGAUGUGCCAGCCACCCCCCCCCUUGCAGCCAACGGGAACAAAGAAGGGCCUCCUACACCCUAGAACUGAAGCCAGCUGCUGUGGCAAAACGAGGCUACUUCCACACAUUUUAUCUAACACCCUGCAGCCGGAGGGAAACAGCGAACGACUCUAAGGGGCAGGGAGGAGCUGAGACAAAGGGCGGCGAGAGAUGGGGAGGCAGGAGUAGGGCGCACCCCGCCCGCCUGACCCCAGGGUGGGCCGAGCCGUCCUCGGGUCCCGCCCGCCCCUGCCCUCAGAGCCCUUGCCCGCGCGGGGCCGCAGUCCCCCGACUCACCGCGCCUCGCCUGCGCUCCGAGGAGGACCGUGAGACCCGGAGUCCCGCGAAGCCCCGGCCCGGCAGCUGGCACCCGCCGGGGACGGCGCAGCGCUGGCGCGGGGACAGACGGCAGAGGCAGCGGCGCGGAGCCGGGACGCGCUGUGCAGCGGCGGGGAUUCGGACCGGCCGUGCGCUCACGGUACGCCGGGCAAUGUUGAUCCUGCGUUUCUUCUCAAACGGCACUGACUCGGUUGCUUCCAACAUCUUGGCCUCUCCUGAAAGCUCAUCGUCAUUCAGAGAGCUGAGCACAGAGCCCAGCACGUGAUAAAAACCCAGUGCUGGCUACGUGUUUGCUGUCAUUGUUCUCGUUGUUGCCGAGCAAUUGUGAACGGCAGCUUCCUGGUCUAGGCAGGCGCUUCUACCUGUAUUUAAUCUACACACCCCUUUGAAGGAGAUACCACCACCCGCAUUUCUCCGUGAGGGUCAGGUGCUCAGAGAGGUUCAGCCGAAGGUUCACACAGCCAGGGAGUGUUCACUCUCUGUGUACACACAGCCAGGAAACCCACAACUCCAGUCAAAUCAUGAUUUUUUAAAAAUUAGACAACUUCCAAUGGAGGGACAUUCAACAAUAUACCAGACGGGUGCUCCUCAACCUCGUCACGCCAUCAAAAACAGGGGAAGCCCAGAAACCGUCACAGCAAAGAGGAGCCCAAGGAGACGUAAGGCUAACUUGGGAUCCUGCGGGGGCUCCUGGGGCAGAAAAGGGGUGUUAAGAGAAAACAGGAUAUCUGAACAGCGUGGACUUCAACGGUCAUGUUUCAAUAUUGGCUCAUGAAUUGUAAUACAUGUAUUGUACUAAGACAGGAUAUUAAUAGAGGAAAUUGCGGGGGGAGGAUGGGGAACUCUCUGUACUAUCUUUUUUUUUUUUUAAGGAUUUUAUUUUUUUUCCUUUUUCUCC